UGUGUGAGACCAAGAAGAGCGAGGAGCGCUGCGUGUGGAAGUUAAAAAGCCUAAAAAAACGGAGGGGAAACAGUUGGAUUACUUCAAGGGUUGCAUUUGCAGAUCCACUGCAGGCUGUAGUUUUCAGUGAACUUAAGUCUUAAGUGGACAGCUUGCCUAAAUUAGUCUGGAGACCCUCGGAGACCCUCAGGCACCCUUCAGCAGCUUACUGGGACACGACAGUAAAGGAAUGGAUGUGGAGUCUCUUCAGAAGAGCGAGCGCCGGCGUGGACGGUGUCUGGACGUUUUUCUCGUCACCUCUGUCCUUGUCUUGUUCAUGCUUGUGGCGGCUGUGGUUGCCGGAGGGGUUAUGGUGACGAUGGAGCUGCGGUCAAAAGUUGCGCCGAUGCGUCCGCCCAUAGAGGUUGGCACGCCAGCAAAGUUAACAGGAGAUACACCUGCACCGGCGUACAAGAUGCAGAAUCUUGCCUACCUGGAAGCCACCUCAAGUCAGUUAAAGAACUUCACCAUGUCCUGGAGUCCUGUUCUCUUUGGUGCUGGAAAAUCUAUAGGAAGCCACUUCCACUUUGAACCAACCCAGCAUUCUCUGCAGCCCAGAUCAGAGGGGCACUACUUUAUCUACCUUAAUCUUAAUGUCACCUGCACACACAGAUGCAACGCAUCUCUCCUCACUGUGCAUCUGGGUGACAAGCUCACCUGCAAGAUGGAGCUUCCCCAGGGGGCGGUGACACCUGUGAGCAAGCAGUGCUGGACAGUGGCCCAUUUGGAUGACCAGAUGCGUCUGGUUGCUCAAAUGAUUGUACCAAAGGAAGAACUGACGAACUGGAAGCUUGAACCGAAAGGUUCAAACUUUGGGAUGUUCCUAAUGGAUUAAAACAGAACCUUUAACACUGCAGUGCAACCUGCACAGUCUAACUCUACUAAUUAUUCAUUGGUAUAGCUAGAAAAGAGCAGCACAAGUUUUUUGUAUGUGUGUGUUUGUGAGUUCAGGCCAUCUAAAGUGGACAAGCAUGACAGAGGCCAUUUUGGACACAUUUCUGUCACUGUGAG